AUGAAUACUAGAGCUUCAAAGAAAUAGAGUUUACCUUUACAAAAUCCAACAGGUAUGAAACAUAAAAUAAUUUAAUGGACAUACUAAGCUAUUUUAUCUAUAUUUUAAAUUAUUUAUUUAUUAUUUAGAAACAAGAUCUAAGUAAGAAGAGCAAAUUGGUGAACCAAUUAUUACAAAAGUAAAUAUUGAAAAUGAGGAAUCUAAUAACAAGAUUACAAGUCUGAAUUUUCGUUACAAUCAAGGCAUUAAAAAAUUAUAAAUUACCAAGGUAUAUCCAAAUGAGAAAAGUGGUAAUUGCUUUAAAAUAUGUCAGGUUUUAAGGCUCAUAAAACUAGGAAUAAGCCAAUAGUUUUGAAUUUAUUGAAUGGAUUAAAAUAGGGUGCUGAUGGUAAACUGUAUGAUGUAAUGGAUGUCAAUACUUAUAUUUAAAUGAUGAAUGAUUAGUAAUAAUCAUAAAACAUUCCUAAAUCUUUAAAGUGCAAAUGUAAUAAAUCAAUGUGUUUAAAAUAAUAUUGUGAUUGUUUUGCAAAUGGCAAUAUGUGCACUACGCAAUGUCAAUGUCAGGGAUGUCAUAAUACGGAGGAUUAUUUAGAGGAGAGAGAAGAGGCAAUCAAUAAAUUGAAAAUGCAAAAUUAAUCAAUUGAAGUUUUUAAUAAAUAUCAUAUUAUUAAUAGAAAGAAGUGCCAGUUGGAAUUAGUUGCAAAUGCAAAAAAUCAAAAUGCUUGAAACGCUAUUGUGAUUGUUUUUAGAAUAAUCAGAAAUGCUCUGAAACUUGUCAAUGCAACAAUUGCUCAAAUCAAUUGGAAAAGGUUGAGCAAGGAGAUUAAAGACUGAUGAUGAAUUCUAUUUCAUAAUUUGAUGAGAAUAGCAGAUUGGCAAAGUCACCCAUAGUUUACAACAGAUAAGGGUUUUUCAGAAGAGCUGACAGUAUGAAUUAUUCAAAUUCCUUUGGUUAUUCUAGAAGUAUAUAAGAUAAUAAUUAUGAGGAAUGCUAAUUCAACCUGAAGGACCAUACUUUUUAAAGUAAGACUCUUAAGGAUUUAAUUGA